AUGAAGAUGAAGAUGGACAGGCCUGUGUCCGUUGCUGACCACACGCCCGACAGCUGCGACCUCUGCGACUACGCCAGUUUCAGCAGUGUGGAGGACUCUUCUCCGGACAUGCCGAGCCCUUUCCUGACCUCGGGUCGCGACCUCGGCAUUAAAGCCAUGGCCGACGAUCUAAGUCCGCCGGACGACUCGGAGCCAGCUUCACACGUCCUCGCCCACGUGACUUCCGGUGUGGGCCACGUGCGCUGCCGGCGCGGCGCCAACCAAGAGAACACGUCACAGCUGUCGAGGGAGGAACGGCGCCGACGCCGGCGCGCCACGCAGAAAUACCGGACUGCGCAUGCCACAAGGGAGCGCAUUCGCGUGGAGGCCUUUAACGUCGCGUUCGGCGAUCUCCGGAAGCUGCUGCCCACACUUCCUCCGGACAAGAAGCUGUCCAAGAUCGAGAUUCUCCGGCUGGCCAUCUGCUACAUUUCCUACUUAAACCACGUGCUAGACUUAAGUUAA